CGGAAAUGUCAAAAAGUAUGUCUGGGUGGAAAAAAAUUGUCGGUUUAGAAACGCCUUAAGCUCGUCUUGGUCAUAUGUAGAAUCCAAAAAAGAAUCUGGAGGGAAACAAACACAAAACAAAACUAAUGUAGAUACAGCAAAAAACAUUUAUUGCGGCCUAGACUAUUUUCAUGUCAAGAUACAAGAGGACACUGGACAAUACCUUGACUUGGCAAUGUCACAAAGAAGUUCUCGAUUUCUGUGUUCUAUGCUUCUAUGCUUAAAGCUUCUGUCAAAAUUCUGUCAUCGAGGCCGGCCUGCGAUUUUUUGCUUUCCCUGAUUACCAAACUCAACUUUCUUCAUUUUUGAAAUUUUUUUCUCCCAUUUCUCGUACAAAAUUCUUCGUAGAAUCUUAUAAAAAUGUCUAAGGGUGACUCGGGAAAUGAUAAACCAGCUUCACCAUCAGCCUACUUAAUUCCUAGUCCUCUUAUCACAAAACGAAACAGAACUCCCUCCAUGUGUGAGAGGAUACUGAAGACUAAGAAUUUGUAUGGUACUAUAAAAUCAUUUUGCAGAGAAAAAGGCCAUGGCUUUAUCACCCCUGAAGACGGUAGUGAUGAUCUCUUUGUCCAUAUAUCCGAUAUUGAAGAUGAAUAUGUCCCACUACCUGGUGAUAGAGUAAAGUACCAGUUGUGUCCAAUACCGCCAAAGUUUGAGAAGUGCCAAGCUGUCCAUGUACAUAUAGUUGACUUGAAGCCAGAAGUUCAUACAAAGUGGGAGAGUUUUAACUAAGUUUUUGUUGUGGUGUUAGAUGCAGUAAGUUAGAGUUAGGACUUUAUUUUUGGUUGUCAUUUUGAUUCAUUGUAUGCUUAAAACUAUCGAAGUUAAAUUAUAUUUCUAAAACACCUUCUCUUGUUACUAUUUUUAAAAUGUUUGAUUAAAAUUUGUGUAUUGCAAACUCUAUACAUUAUGUUAUCAGUAUUUCUACAUAGUCAUGGCAUCAUAAGAAGAGUAAGUGGUUACAUUGGAUCAGUGUUACCCUUGGAAACAGAUUCUAAUUUAUCACUCAUUAAAGCAGGACUUGAGAGUGAGUUACAGAUUGAUUCAUGGAUAACAAGUUAAGAUAUUCAUUUAUCCAUUUAUGCUUCCUAUGAUAAUAUAGCUGUGUAACCUGUAGUAACAUAGUUUUUUGUUGUUGUUAAUGGUGCAUGACAAAAUGUCUCUAGAUUACACAAUAUUCAACAAAAUCACUACCAAUUUUAUACAACAUAUACACAGUUUUAGAAGUAUCUAUCUCGGCCAAAUAGUUAAUUAUGAAUGUCUUGAUAAUUAAGUUUAAUAUAGUUCAAGGGAACUGAUCUUAUAGGUACUAAAUGAAGCAACCUUGAGCAGGGUAUUAAUGCUAAGCAAAAGUAUUAUUUCAACUUGCAUUUAUUUUAUUUAUUAAGAUAGCAAUUCUGCCAUUAUAAGAAAUGUUAUUUGUAAUAUAUAACAAAAGAAAAAAUCACGUUUUUCUAUAUUUUAAAUGUGAAAUAGCUAAAUUAGAUCUGAUAUCAUUGAACUGAUUUAAACAUCAGACAAAUAAAACAAAUUCAACUGAGUUUAUAUUUAUCAGAAAUGAUUGGUUACCAGAUAUUAUUUCUUAUGAAGGCAGUUCUUACCAAAUUCUCAUUGAUAUUGAUUUACAAUAUUCUCAAGAUUUUUUACUACAGUUUUGCAGUAAUCAUUAUACAUUAUAAAGUCAGGUUUGAUUAAUAUUUACAUAGUGAAAUGUUAUAUUUGGGCUAUCGUAACGAAUAUCAUUAUCUGUUUUUUUGACAAAAUUUGCACAAAGUACUGAAAAUAGGUCCUUACUUUUGGGUUUGGUAUGGUAUAUUACAGUCCAACAAAUAAAAGGUAUUCGCUAUAGAGAGAAAAUGGUGCUCUUAUAGCAAAAAAAGUCAAGAUAUCUGCUUUUUCUUGAUAUUUAAUUGAAUUCGAUUUAUAGAUUUUUUAUAAAUAUAAUCUGGCACUAUUACAAAAAAGGUACUCAGGUUCUUAUUGUUUUGUUGGUCAUAAUACCUGCAUUACCUUUUUUCCUUGAUAAAAUGUUCACUGCACAUUUUGAUGACGUGUAACAAUUUUGUGAAAUUCAAUGACAAUGUUUUCUACUAACUGAAUAUUAUUAUAUUAUUUUAUAUAGUAUGUAUAACAGAUGGAUGUGGUAGAAAUCUAUGUUUAUAAAUAAAAAGUAUACACUUAA